UAAAAUAAGUAUUUACUACGUAUACCCUGCCAUACCCGUGUAAACAAGUUAUCGCUGCAGAGCCGAACAUUUUGUUUUGCAUCGUCGUUCUCAGUAAGUAGUAGGAACUAUAUCCUAUAAAAGUUAUAUCAGAAUCACAUAUGCUUCGUGAUAUUGAUCUCUUUUGAUGAAAACACUGAGUGGGUGAUGUUGGGUUAAGUCUACCAGGAAAUAUUUUAGAGAAAAAUGUCUUUAAAGGACUAUGGAACUAAAAACGAUACACUUUUAAGCAAAAUUUGAGUGAUAUACCACAAAUUGGUCGAUGAUACAUAAUCUUAUUAUCCUUUAUUUAAUAAUCUGUGGUUUCUUGGUCGCAAAAAGUCACAUAACGUUUCACUUUCCGUCAGCAGGUAGUAGUAGGUUGUAAAAUACAUAGUAUAUCUCAAUGAAAUUGCGCUUCAGAAGUGGCGUUCAUCUGAUUUUGUUUUAUAUGAAAUUUCACACAGGUUCAUUGGAUCCGAGAAAUAAAUUGUUUGCUGUUAGUAAACUAAUGUGUUCUUCAAAUAUAAAUGAUACCUGUUGGAUGCAGCUGGACAAGUCGUUAAUUUCCCGACAAGAGGUAAAGUCGGUUGUUACUGAUAUGAAAUCCCGGAAAGAUAUCUUCUCACUAAAUUACCAACCUGCUUCACAAAUAUUUAAAACAUACUCAACCCGAUAUUCUCGUAAAAGUCUGAAAACCUAUUGCAAUAAAAAACACUCCACAAACAAACAAAGUGAAGAUACUACGGAUUCUAGUAAUGGUCUAUCGUCAACCAUUGGUAUUUUAAAUAACAAAUCUGGUCACGUAAGCCAGCUGGCCAAUCGUGUCGAGCACCUUUUAAUUCAGGAUUCUACUAAUACCUUGUCUCAGAACAAGGAACUACAAUUAGUCUAUCAUAUUGAAAAACCGGACUCCUUGGAAAAUCAUUUAUCUUCUAGCACUAAAAAGAAUCCAAAUAGUCUCAUCCCAAGUCCAGUUACAACUACAUUAUCAUCGCCCUGGUAUCGUCAUUGUAGACCAAAAGCCCCUCCUCCAAUUUUUCCUUUUUCUGCGGAAAUUUCUGUGAAAUGCUGUGAAGGUGAAAGUCGCAAUUUUGAGAUUUGUGAAGGAAGUAACAAAAGUGGAAAUGGUCAUCUAGAAUUUGAAUGUGAAAAUCUGCUUAAACCUGUCCCAUGUCUACUUUCUUCAGUGUGUUCAUAUUCAACACGCUGUCCAAGCAUACAACUUCUAGAGGCAGAUCUCAGUCAAGAAAACAUAAACUGGGAUUCAGAUUACCCACCACCACCUUCCCUACCUUCUUCCAGUGAUGUCGCAUCAACACUAAUGAGUCAUUCUUAUUCCCCCUCAUCCCCUCUCAAUGACAAUGCUGAUGAGGAAUCCAAUACGCUUUCCGGAACAGUAGCAUAUUUAGAAGAAGUUAAUUUAAAGCCUUUGGCUCCUAUAACAAAUAUCCUGCCAAAUGGUGGUUCUUUUAUUCGUCGUCAUCCUAAAUGGGCAGUUAAUUGUAGUUCAGACAUCCUUAGGUCCCAUACAGCUGUUCGUUUCCCUGGUUCAAACUCAGUGAUCGAUUUUGAUUUGAAUUCAUCUCCUUCUGUACCAUCCCCUCCCCCCUUGAUUGUGGAACGUUUGCCAUGUGAACUGGAUAUUUUGGAAUCUCAAGAACAGCAUUCAAUUUGUUCACCUACUCUAAAAAAUCCUAGUCUAACACGUCCGAUAUUUUUAAAACAUGGAGCACCUGAUGGUUCAGAACAAAACUCUGAAGACAUAAAUGGCCUAGAUAUUAAUAAGGAAUAUGGUCCACCAUCAACGAUGAAACGCAGUCACUAUUGGGAUCUUAUCAACGAAGAAUAUUCACCUAAAAAAAGUCGUGUUCAGUUACUAUUACCAAGUGAAUGUAGCGCAUUUCUGCCAGUUAAAUCAACUCGUCAGUUAGAUCGUAAACAUAUACACUGUAUUUCUCCACCUUAUUUACGAUAGAGACCCAAGUUAAAUUAGUACUUAAAGUACAAAUUGUAUACUAAAUACUUAGUCUUUCAUAUAUAUAUAUAUAUAUAUAUA